AUGGUGUCUUCAGGCAGUGUCCAAAUGGGCAGACCAGCCCCUGAGUUCCGCUGCACUGCAGUAGUAGAUGGCGGCUUCAAAGAAUGUACCCUCUCCGGCUACACCGAAGCCAACCAUUGGGUCAUCCUCGUCUUCUUUCCCAAGGCCUGGUCCUUCAUCUGCCCCACGGAGAUCAAAGCCUUCUCAGCCCGCCUGGAAGAAUUCAUCUACUCCCGCUCCUGUGCCGUGGUCUUCUGCUCAACCGACAGCGAACACUGCCUCAAAGCCUGGAAUAACAGUUCUGAAAUGGAAGGCGGGUUGGGCGGUGUUCACGUCCCGCUCAUGAGCGAUUGUAAUCAUCAAGUCAGUCGUGAUUACGGAGUUCUGAUUGAGGAGCAGGGGGUGGCGCAGCGGGCGAUGUUCAUUAUUGAUUCCAAGGGGGUGGUUAGGUGUAUCACUGUCAACGAUGCUGAUGUCGGGCGGAGUGUGGACGAGGCGCAGAGGGUCCUGGACGCUUUGGUUUUCAAGGACGAAUUUGGUGAGGGUUGCCCGGUGGACUGGAAGAAAGGCGAUACGGGGAUCAACACGACAACCAACAUCGAAGGCAAAGUCGAGCUCAAGAAAUCCUGGUCCGAAUGGGCUCGUCCGAAGCUCAACCGUGCUUGGUCUGGUGCCAGUCAGCGGAGCAUGGCGUCUGUCAUGUCGAGCGGAGGUACGAACAAGCCGGCUUCUUUGCAUCGCAUGACUAUGUCCGCUGCUGGAUUGGAUAUACCAAAUCGCGGCAUGAGUAAUAGCCCCUUUCUACUUGCAGGGAGUGAGUGGGAAUCAGAGUCCACUGAUCAGUCCAACGAGUGCGCCGGGAUUGUCGAGCAAUCAGAUGGAGGAGGCGAUGAUGCAGCAGCGAUUGGAGAAUUCGCAGGCGGCGAUGCAGAAUCAGAGUGUUGUCGAGAUUGCGAACUGAACUCUCGUUAA